AAGAUCACUUCCGGUACAGGGCGGGUAUCCGGUCGUGAUAAAUCGUUUAUUGUUACAAUGUAGAAGGACUGAGUAACUUUAAGCAUUUCUUAAAUGUUUCUCCAUAAACAUGAUUGUGAGGUGGUGUUUAAAAGUGUGACUUCAGUUUGCAAGGUGACAUAGACAUGGAAGCGACGCCAUCCACAAGCACAGCUAGUUCCAAAGGGUCCAAUUGGAAGAAACGACAAGUACACUACUACAUGAUGCCCGCCGUCUUUGUUACGCUGUUUUGCUUCUGGCCCACCGGCAUCAUGGCCAUCAUGAAAGUCACAGAUAUUGAUGACGCUAGGAGGCGGGGAGACGCAAUGUACCUCCAGACGAGUAAGAGUGCCGCUUUAAAGUGGAUAGGCAUGUCAGUAUUGUUUGGAGUGGUAGUUCUCUCCUCUUUGGGCUCCAUCAUAGGAUGGCAAAUAUUCCACAAAUUGUGAGGACCAGAACUGGAAGUGAAUAGAUUCUUUGUUAUUUAAUAAUAAUUUCGCAUGAUGCAAAACAGUCAAAUGCCAUUUGACUCUGAUUUGGUUAUACAUUCAGCAUCAUUUUAUAUUUUUAGAUAUAUUCAAAACAAAAAGUACUUGACAUUACCCAUGUAAGUCGAUCACAUAAGCAUACCUAGUGUAUGUAUGCGGGAAUGUGAUGAAUAGUGAAUAUCAACGACCAAAAUUCUGGCAGCAAUUUAUUUGGUUCUUCCGUUGCCUUUUUCCUGGUGCUGUUGUAACAUGGAUGAAAAUAAAGUAUCAUGGACAAACAACUCUUCAAUCUUUGAAACACGCUCGAUUUUUUUUUAUUUCUUGACAAUGACGACCGUUUGGUAGCGUUAUAAACACUACUUACAGUCCGAUUUUGUUACUGCAGUGUAUUAAAUAACCAUGUGUAAGGAGGCCAGGAGACAGCAGUGACGUUUUCAAAAUAAAUUAUCACAUUCUGCCAUUAGGACAUUAACAUUUCGGACGGGCCAGUGAAGAUACACGGAAGAUUGUUCAAUCUAACAUCUCUGUAGCCCAGAUUCCUGGUGUUCCGUCACAAUUCCUCUUACCUACAGUAACACCCUUAAUGCCAUGUUACAAUUCAUGAUUGAACAACGUGGUAGUGUGGAAGCUGAUCAUGACUAAAGCUGACAUUCUACAUGAAGAACGCUAAGCGCUUUAUGGAAUUUGACAUGUUCACGUUCGCAAAUGAAAUCAGUUCGAUGCUUAAUAGCUGGAUUUUGUUUGUUUUUCAUCGUUUUCGAAUACAUUUAACGAUAAUUGAAGUGGAAAGUUGACAUUGUUUAUUAUUUUGUUUUUAGUAUCCUACUGUGACAAUCUGACAGAAAAGAUAAAUCGACUCUAUGAAUUUUCGCUCGAGACACGUACUCUCAAAUAAUCUCGCUUUUGGGACAAUACAAAAAGACAUAUUUAGAUGGAAUUAUCUUUAUAAGUGGUAUUUUUGCUGUCAUGAAAAUAGGCCGGCAAACUUCGAUUUGUAAUUUUCAAAGACAUAUGAAAGAAAUUCUCAAGUUAAACAAUUAUUUCGUGAGUUACUCCAUGAGUUACAUCGUGAGUUACCAAGUGAGUAAACCCGUGGGGUACUUCGUGAGUUACCCCGUGAACUAUCCCGUGAGUUACAUCAUGAGUUACCUUGCAAGUUACCCAGUGAGUUACAUCCUGAGUUAUGCCGUGAGUUAGUCUGUGAGUUACGCCGUGAGUUACGCCAAUCAUAACAGCAGGGGAUCUUGAUAGUCCAAACAAGAUGCCAGGAAAGUUGAAGGUUCGUGUGGUCAGUGGACGGAGCUUGCCAAUAAUGGACCGAUCAACGGACCUAACAGAUGCCUUCGUAGAGGUUAGAUUUGGAAAUGAGGCAUUUAAAACUGAUGUCUGUAAGCGAUCUUUAAACCCACAGUGGGCCUCAGAAUGGUUCAAAUUUGAGGUAGAAGACGAGUCCCUCCAGGAUGACCCAUUAGAACUCAGGGUUCUGGACCAUGAUACAUACAGUGCCCAUGAUGCUAUAGGCAAGGUCUACAUUGACCUGAACCCCCUCCUCACCAAGGACAACCCCCACAUCAUCAGUGGCUGGUUCCCAAUUUAUGACACCAUGCACGGGAUCAGAGGUGAACUCAAUGUCAUUGUCAAGGUCGACCUGUUCAGCGACUUCAACAAGUUUCGACAGUCUUCAUGUGGAGUUCAAUUUUUCAGCACUGCUGAGGUACCCUGUGGAUACCGACUCCAGAUGAUCCAUGGUUUUGUGGAGGAGUUGGUUGUUAAUGACGACCCCGAGUAUCAGUGGAUUGAUAAGAUACGCACACCUCGUGCAUCCAAUGAGGCCAGACAGAGGCUCUUCUCCAGGCUCUCAGGAGAAUUGCAGAGGAAGAUUGGACUGAAAGUUUUAGAGCUCAGUGGUAAUUCUGUAAUAGGGUACACUCAGUGUUUUGAUCUAGAAGGAGAGUCUGGUAUUGUGGUACGGAGUAUUGGUACAGCAGUUACCAUCAACAGACCCGACCUUAAACCUGUGCCAUCACCACUGGGAGUCUCGCCACAGCCCAAAGAUCUGCGGCAUGCUGUCUACUCCUCCGUGUCCAGGUCUCUCACAUUCCAUCACAUUGGGACGCCGCCCCUAACACCUGUCAAACAGUCACCUCUUUCAUCACCCCCACCCUCAGCUCCACCCUUAUAUAAUGGCGGCCAGUCAGCAUUUAGUUUCCAUUUCAGCUCACCUGUACCAGAAGAUGCUGUUGUUCCAUCCUCACCUCCUUCCCAGGUGCACCAGAGCAUGACGUCCCCGGUGAAGGUGUCGCCACUACUACCACAACGCAGGCGGCGACGGUCGUCUGACUCGGACAUCAGCAACACCCCACCCAAAGGAAACAACAGUUUAACUGAGAGCAGUGGUAGUGGCAGUGCGUUUGGCAGUGGAGGAAAAGUCAUACCCAAACUGUCAGCCCAGCAGCCCAGUAUAGAGAUGAUGGAGUACCCGUUUUUCACAAUGACAUCCUUCCCUCCUGGCUUCAUCGUCCACCUGGGAGGUGUGGUGUCUGCCCGCUCCGUCAAACUCCUGGACAGGAUACAUAACCCAGAGGAACCAGAGACUCGUGACGCUUGGUGGACUGAGAUACGGACAGAGAUCCGAUCACACGCCCGUGCCAUGGGAUGUCACGCGGUCCUCGGCUACUCCGAGCACACCUCAAUCUGUGAUGAAGUGAUUGUCCUUUCUGCCAUGGGGACAGCUGCUCGAGUAACUGUGACCUCUGACCUCACUCAGUUACUACGGCAUACGAGUCAGCCUGUAGUCCCUCCGCAUGAACGUCCACAGAUCGACAAAGACAAGAGGUUGUUUGUGGAUGUCAAUCUGGCCAAUCAGGUCUCUCAAAACAAAACCUUCCACGGAGGCUUUGGGUUUUUGUACUCCAGGUUUGACGACAGUAUCCAGAGUAACUGUUCCCUGUGCCACAUACCCUACAAGGCUAGCUCCACCCCUUUCCCUGUUAAGCUUGCUUUAUGUGCCAUAUGCAAAAAGAAAAAGGUUCCCGACGUCCUUUUCACCACCGUCGACCCUCCGAGUGAGAUUCAGAUUUGUGGGCGGGGCUCACUUAUACAGGCAAGAAUCUGUAGAGUGAAGUUGAAAGGAAAAGGGGAGACAAAUGCAAGGGAGAUAAGUGAUAGCCUCCCCUUCCUGGAGUACGAGUUACACAACCAACUGAUGAACAAGUUAAAGCUACGUGGUAUGAACGGUCUGUUUGGCCUGAAGAUACAGAUUUCUGUCGGGGAUACCCUGCUGGUUGGAAUAGCUACUGCCACUGCCGUGUUUUUGACAGCUCUACUGCUGCCACCUAUACCCAAGGUCACUGGACAGGCGACGUCAGAGCGUGAGAACCUGGCCCUGAUAGACCUACAGAAGAAGAUUAUUGAGACGGUACAGAAGAAUCGAGAGAUACACGAUCUCGUACAUAUUGACACGGGACAGACGAGCCCACACAGUGUGACAACAGAUGAGAGUGACGAUGACGUAUCUGACCUUGAACUCUCCUCCGGCAACAAGAAUACAUUUAUACUUGAGGUGGAUGAUACUAAAGACCAUAACAUUGCCUCCAUCCUGAAGGACUCGGCGACUCCUGAGGGAUUCAAUCUCCUCAACACUGAGCGAGUCCCUGGCUCCCUGUCCGCAAAUCUCACCUACAACUUCCAGAUGUUCAACUAUGUGUGGCGCCAUGAAUUCAUUCCCUCUGUUGACGACAAGAAACAAGAUUUCUCGGACUUGUUUGAAAAUAUCAAGAAGAAGAUCUGUUUCAAGUUGCGGAGGAUGGUGCCAUGCUGUGUGUGCAAGCUUGACUUCAAUGUGCAGCUUCCUGAUGAAGAUGAGAUACAGAUCACACUGACGGGCGUCUGUGUUGGACUUACAGACCAGCACCUGUUCACAUCUUCCCUCUCAGACAUCCAUGCAUCUGGCACAAAAGGAAAUCUCCUGAAAACAGCACCAGGUGCGGGGGACAGUAGUGGGGGUGGAGAAGCUCAACCAGAUGACAUGAUGUUCCAAAUGGAGGAGUUGUCAGAAUCCUCACCCAACCUACACAACUAUCUCAAAGGUCAGUCAUCCCGGACUUCCAAAGACAACAUCCAAAUCAGCGGUUCAAGGCGCUGCAUUCACCCGUACAUUCCUAAACAUAAGGUCGGCAUAGAGAUCACUCCGCUGGCAUACGUUCCUGGUGGCAAGAUUGAACGUUACCUUGGCAACUACAAUUUCUUCUUCAUUCGAGAGACGACAUCUCUUCGAGAAAUGGGCGGUGAUGGAGGCUUCAUGCAGACAUUCAUUGCCGAGGUCUUAGCCAAUGUGCGUGCCAGUGUGGCCGCCCUGGGUGGGAAUGGUCUGGUGGCUUACAGGAUGAGUCAGUGUGUCCUCCUCAGUAAUCCACAGAAAAACCAGAGCCAGUGUUUGAUCAAUGUGUACGGUGAUGCUGUGUGUAUCUGUUACGAUGGGGAACCUAGCUGUGGUUCUGCACUGAUAGAACAUACAGGGAAAACCAUGGACUCUCCUGUAAUCAUACACACAUAAUGCAGAAUAACAGACUUAGCCAAACACACAUACUACGGGGCCACUGACUUAGUCAUACCUAAUACAAAAUAACAGACUAAGUCAUACACACAUAAUACAAAUACAUGAACUCUCAUGCGUAAUACAAGAUACAUUACCAAAGGCAAAACUAUUAACUAUUUAUUGUGUAAAAUUGUGCAUAUCAAUGUCUCGUGGAUUUCAUUGAUAUAAUUACCGGUAAGAUGUAUGGUAUGUAAGGAAUGACCAAGAUUCUUUUUCUGGUUAUGCCAUAUAAUGUUAUUGUGAUUAAUUCUUUUUUUUUUACCUAAAAGCAAUGCUGCACAUAUUUCUUAUUACAGUUGAAAUUAAACUACUGUCUUAUAAAUAUAACUGUGGUAACGUAAGAUUUACACCUUUGACUAAGCCUAAAGUCUCAAAAGGUUAAAGUUACAAUAUAAUUCUGUGAUGUGUUCUCUGCACUGUGUAUUACAAUGAUACUCAUACAUUAUAUUUCAUUUGUGUAACAUCUAUUAACUACUGCCAUUAAGUAAGAAUUUUGAUAGUACAUGUAUGUCAACGUUAUUAAACGUAUAACAGUGUUUUCUUAUUAUUAAAUUAAUGAUAUUAAAGGUAUUACAUGGGUUGUCUCCCCUGUCUAUUACAUGGGUUUUCUCCCUUGUCUAUUACAUGGGUUGUCUCCCCUGUCUAUUACAUGGGUUGUCUCCCCUGUCAAUUACAUGGGUUGUCUCCCCUGUCUAUUACACGGGUUGUCUCCCCUGUCUAUUACAUGGGUUGUCUCCCCUGUCUAUUACAUGGGUUGUGCCCCCUGUCAAUUACAUGGGUUGUCUCCCCUGUCAAUUACAUGGGUUGUCUCCCCUGUCUAUUACAUGGGUUGUCUCCCCUGUCAAGACAGGGUUUAGGUUUUACAUAUCUGUCUGUGGUAACUACCUUUUCCUUAUUAUAAGAAAAAUACAAACAAAGUAUGAUAUGGUUUAUAUCACUUGUAAUAUAUAUCAGAGUUGAAUGUCAUACAUCUCACUGAUGAUAACUUGUCGACAGAACAAUUCAUUGUUUUGAAAGUUUGUCUGAAUAUAGAAUAAUGGAACUUGUGAUUACAUUUCGUAUGAAUUUCUCACACAAUGAAUGUGUUUUAUAUUAAGCAAAAUUAUAUAUUGCUGAAGUUAAGUCAGUCUUUCUGCUGCCUUAGAAACAGCCAAAAAUAAACCUUACAAAUUAGUUGUAUUUCUGAUAGAGAGUUUUGACAAUUGACAGUAUAAAAAUGUUCAACUCAAGACAUAUUCGUUUCAGCUUGAAAGUUUGUUACCACAAAAAUAAAUGCUGUGCAGUAGGACAAUGUUAAAGUGAAUACUUUGCAAGCCUAGUGGCCUAUAGCUUAACACAGGAACUAUGAUGUGAAGGUUCAGUGUUUUUACGUAGCAUGCAGAUACAUGUACUCAUUUGCACACUGUGUCAGAUUGGAACAAUCGGGGUACAGUCUUGUUGAAGAACACAGCAACAAUUUAAACUGCUGCCAACACUUUUUAAACCUAGGAGGUUUCUACCUGCUGGUUGAUGAACAAAAACUGUGCUGUGCUGGUUAUGUAGAAAGAGAGGAAAAAAUGUUUCUUUAAGCUAUGGGUGAGAUUUCCACGAAGGUGGAAGAAAUUGUUUUUCUUUGAUUUUAUCCUGCAUAAUGUAUGCAUAACUUCUAUCAUAUUUGUUCAGUUCAUGUAUAAUAUCUAUACUCAGUUUGACAAAGACAAGAUAAUUAAAACAGAAUAUGUCGGGUUACAUUCUUAUUGUCGAGGUAUGGGAACCUCAUUCCUGAAAAUUUCUGUUUUUACAGUGCAUAGUGAUUUGGUCAACCGAAUCCAAGUACAAAUGCAUCAAGUCUGAAACCUCAAAAAGCCUAAAGGUAUCUGUUGGAAGAAACAUAGACUGAUUUGUGUUUGCCAAGACUAUAAUUGUGUAUAUUAAUAUGGACAAUGAUUUAAUUGUUUUGACUUGUUGAGUCGGAAGCCUGAAGAUAUCUGUAUGGAGAACCUAGAUUAGGUUGUAUUUGUCAAGAUUAUCAGUAUUGUAUGCUAAUUGACUAUGUUUUAAAAUGUUCCGACUCCAUGAGUUCAGUUUAAGAGGCUCCAGAAUUGAAAUAUAAGAUAUGUUUACAUGAAAUGUGUUAGAUUGAAAUGAUGAUUAAUCUACAAAUUGAGGUAUCACAUUUUGCUGUUCUUGCUCAAAGCUAUGAUUUCUGACACAUCAGAUAAAAAUCAUUUCCGAUGUUGGUAUGACCAUUUAAAUCUUCCUUUGCAAUUAUUUAAUUUGAGUUAUCUGUGAAUCGUAAUUGUUUUGAGAGAGUAAAAUAUAAUGAUCAAUGUAUUUGUUCUGGUUUACCUUUCAAAUGUGACAUCUAUUAACCUACAAAUGUAGUCCAGUGUCACAACAAAGUUGCACACGUUAUGUCCAUUGAAGUAUAGAAGGAAAGAUUGUAGAUGGCUUUAAUGUUUCCAGUUGCUGGUCCAAUGUGUAUUAAACAUCUUCAUGAUUUCCUGGAUGCUUAACAUAGAUGGAGGUUAAAGUCAGCUUUGAGAAUCCUAACAAAUGUGUGAUGUAUUUCUAGUCGGAUUCCACAUGUGCUAGAAACAAUUGGCCUCUCCCCUCAAAUAUAUAUAUAAAAAAAAAAAAAAAAAGAUUGUAUGCCUGUCCGAUGUUUUGAUGCGACACAUUAUAGUGAUGGGAACGUCUGUUCAUCCGUCCGUCCACACUUUGGUUUCCGAUUAAAACCAGCUGGUAACAUGCUUAUAUAUAUUAUUGUGGGGAAGGUGUCAAUUGUGUCUAAUGCUAUUCCUAUGUAAUGACUAUAAGUGCUAUACUGUUUUAAUAAGUGCUUUAAUGUUAAACAUUUUCUACAUUUCUAUGUUGUUAUUGUUAAGUAUUUGUAUGUUAUAUUUCUGUGUACAUCACUGAUGUUCAACAUAUUAUGAUAUUGUAUUUUAUAGGUGCAAAAAUUUAGUUAAUUGGGAUUUAUUUUAACAAGACAAAUUUUUUUUAUUGUAGAUUAAAUUAAUGAAUGAAUUAUGAUCCCUACAAUAAAGGAUUGAAUAAAAGAGAAAUUUGACUCCCGCCAACAACAUCGCAUACCCAGAAGCCAAGCUGCUAAAUCAAUAUAGAUAUUCUUCUUUAUUUUAUACUCCAUACUGCUAAAUCAAUAUAGGUAUUCUUCUGUGUUCUAUACUACAUACUGCAGAGCAGUGACCAGAUUUGCCUGUCUGUCUGUCCAGUAUUUACAUGGUUUUUUUCAAUAAAUUAGAACAGUUGACACAUUUUUACCAAAAUUAAAUCAUAGCUGCCACACAUAUAACUCUCCGAGACUCCUAGAUUUAUUUUUGGAGGGUGGAGGGGUGGUGGGCCAAAGUAAAGGUCAAUGAGUCACAUAGUUUCAUUCAUCAAAAAUGUCCAUUCCCUUUAAAAUUGUGUUCCACUUGUGAUAUAUUGUACAGUAGUUAAUACAUAGUUGUGAUGUGAUGAUUUUACUGUGGUGACUGAUGAGCAGACAAUACGAUGAUCUCUGUCACCCUCUUUAUGUAGUUAGGAAAUAUUACACUGGUUUACGAUGGUUUACGAUUUGCAAUUGGUUACUGAAAAAUUAAAAAAAUGAACUACUA